GACACAAAAUGGCAUGGAAGAUUACAAGUCAUCAUUGGAGUCGAAACAAAAAGCUCAUAAAAUCACGUUAAAGCUAUUUGGAGAGAACCAUCCCGCAACAGCUGACAGUUAUGAAAGCAUUGGAAAGACACAAAAUAGCAUGGGAGAUUACAAGUCAUCAUUGGAGUCGAAACAAAAAGCUCUUGAAAUCAGGUUAAAGCUAUUUGGAGAAGAUCAUCCUGCAACAGCUGACAUUUAUGAAAGCAUUGGAAAGACACAAAAUGGCAUGGAAGAUUACAAAUCAUCAUUAGAGUCGAAACAAAAAGCUCUUCAAAUCAGGUUAAAGCUAUUUGGAGAAGAUCAUCUUGCAACAGCUAGUAGUUAUGAAAGCAUUGGAAAUACACAAAAUGGCAUGGAAGAUUACAAAUCAUCAUUAGAAUGUAAACAAAAAGCUCUUAAAAUCAGGUUAAAGCUAUUCGGAGAAAACCAUCCUGCAACAGCUGACAUUUAUGAAAGCAUUGGAAUGACACAAAAUACCAUGAAAGAUUACAAGUCAUCAUUGGAGUCAAAACAAAAAGCUCUUAAAAUCGGGUUAAAGCUAUUUGGAGAAGAUCAUUCUACAACAGCUGACAGUUAUGAAAGCAUUGGAAAGACACAAUAUAACAUGCAAGAUUACAAAUCAACAUUGCAGUCUGAACAAAAAGCUCUUGAAAUCAGGUUGAAACUAUUUGGAGAAGACCAUUCUGCAACGGUGACAGUUAUGAAAACAUUGGAAAGACACAAAAUCGCAUGGAAGAUUACAACUCAUCAUUAGAAUCUAAACAAAA